AUGGCCUCACAACCGACAUUCUCCCGUCUCGCACUUGCUGCCGCACUCCUCGAGUACGACAACGACUUGGACGACCCGACCCGCGAGAAUGUCAACCACAAACACUCUGCAAUCUUUAUUGGUCUGCGUAACAAGCGACCAGCACCGUCUCUUCCCCCCCUCCAAAUCGGCGAGGAGGGACAGCAACAGCCGCCGCGCCAGAGCGCCCAGUACAAUGACCAGCGAGGCAGUGUCGAUGAUGGCGGGCAAUGGACGAUGCCUCUCUCGCCGCUGUCGAGCCAGGGCCACCAGCGACCCGCCUCCAUGGACGUUGGCGCCAUGCGCAAGGUCCCGCGCGCUCGCAACGUGUCGUUUUCGGCCAUGAGCGGGCAGUCUCUGGACCGUGCGCACUCGGUCCACCUCGAACACCUUGACAACGAGGACCAAGGGUCCGUGUACGAGGCCCGAAACUCGACCGACGAGCAGUACGACGCGGCCCUGCGCGACUCGGAGCGUGUCCGGCGUAUGGCAGAAGGCGGCGAGGGCGACGAACAACACCAGCGCCGGUCGUCCAUUGCUGCGCUGUCCAUGCAAGACGACUGGGGACCAGACCGACCAGUCAUGGUGUCUAUGCCCGACGACGGCUACGGCCGGCAACACCGCUCCUCGUCUUCCAUGAGCGGCGGCGCUGCUGCCAGACGUGCUUCGAUGUACGACCCUGAAGCAAACGAGGAGGAGCUGUUGCGCAACCCGUUCGAAAUCCCUACUCCUGCCAGCGAAGGUGGUUCGUCGCGCUUCGACACUGGCGGUCCGCAACGUCGUGUCAGCCUGGUGUACGACGAUGCAGCCCCCGACCUCCCUCCAUCGAUGUAUUCGGAGCGACGCUCGUCACUCGAGUAUGGCAACACCAACCGGUUGUCCAUGAUGCAAGGGGCUGAAGAGUACGAAGACAUUCCGGACGCUGCCGACUAUGGUCGCCCACUCCGCCCGUCAAAGUAUACCAGCCAAGUCCUUCGCGUCAAGCGUCACGAGCUGUUGCGUCCAAAGACGCUUCUCAUGCCCCCGCAGCUGGCUGGUACCGAGCGCCAGACGAUUUCAGUCCACGUCCCUGACGGUUUUACAAUGGGCGAGAAGCCUCUCCCUACCGAUGCGCGCGCGUCCAUCCUCAACAUGGGUGUCGGUGUGCCCUUGUCACUGUCUCAGCGCACCUUCCGUUCCAGUCUUAUGGUUGGCGGCCAGCGUGACGAUGACUUCUUUAGGGGCCAGGCCGAGGAAGGUGAAGAGUUGCGCGGAGAGGAUGACGACCCCGAAGAAGGCAGCCGCAAACCAGGCAAGCUCUACGGAACCAGUCUUAUCGACCAGCUCGAGGCGCGCAAGGACCUGCUGCACAACAAGAAGCGCGUGUUCUAUGGCGACAACCGUCCGUCCAUGAUGAACCGUCAGUCGACAUUGCUGGAAGUGACGCCUCCGGCCGACUACGACGGGGCUGCUGGCAAUGGUCCUCCCGCGGCCACAGUGGGGCAGCGGCCCUUGACAACGUUUGGCAGCGUGCCACAGCUCAACCUCCCAGACGAACAGCCCGGAUCCCUCGGCCGCUCGGUCAGGUCCAAAUCGGUCUUUGGUACCGACACUGUGUGGGAGCGUGAGAUGACCAAGCUCAACGCCAUGCAAGAGUCGGAGAGGCUGGCCAAGGAGCAGGCCGACGCUGCCCAGCUCGACAAGGAGAGGCUCAAGAUUGAAAAGAUGAACAACCGCAGGAGCAUGUUCGGCGGUGGCCGCAAGAGCCAGAUGAUCCACCCGGCAGACCUCAACAUGGAGUUUGAAGGUGGUGACGCAAGACGCCCCAAGUCGAUGAUGGCCAUGGUUGAGGCGGAAGCGAACCAACGUCACUCGAUCUCGUCCGAGCGCCCGCCUACAGUCAUGUACGAGCCCGAGCAAGGAGCACCACGACUAAGCUACGAGCCCGAGCAGCCCAAACCGGCCCCCGAGCGUCGCCCCGCCAGCAGUCUCGGUGUCGGCAAGUGGUUUGCUGAGAGCGAGUCGGAUGACUCGGACGACAACACGCCCCUCCGCGCAGCCAAGGGUAAGGCAAGGUCGUCACCCCAGGUGCAAUCGCCCAUCUCGCCCGUUGGAUCGAGCUCGUCGCCAGCAACGAAGCGCGUGUCUACUAUCCGCGCCGUCUUGCCCGCCAUGCAGUUUGAGAAUAAUGGCAACGACGACGACGACUCGUCCGACGAGGAGCCCCUGUCUCGUGUCAAGGCAAAAGUUGCUCAGGACGACUCGGACGAGGAGGUGCCUCUGUCGCAGCUCCGCGGCGGCGCCACCAGCGGUGGAGGUACCAUCAAGGUGGUGUCUAGCCAGAACCGCUCGGCACCAGCACUACCGAACAUCAAGACGGACGGCAUUGACAUUGGCUCCCUCGGUCUCGAGGCCUCAGGCAUGUCUCCCGCUGUGCGCUCCGCUCCGGCCGCAGGUGUCGACGACGACGACGAUGAACCCCUCUUCCUCCGCAAAGUGCGCAACCGCGCUGCGGCCCAGUCGCCUGAAAAGCCUGCCGCGUCCGGUGUGCAGAACCCCGAGGAGGUCGAGGACGACCUGCCCCUGGCAUGGAAGCACGCCGGCGCCGCCCAGAAGCAGCAGCACGUCAAGGCCGAGCACGCCCAGAGGACCGCUCAGAGCAUGAUGAUGCCGAACAUGGGCUAUGGCGCGUCGCCCUACAUGUCCACGUACGCCAUGCCGCAGAUGGGCAUGCCAAUGGGGAUGCCCCAGAUGGCCAUGGGAAUGGGCAUGCCGAUGCCUGUCGUUCCCCCCGGCAUGCCGGCGUACGACGCGCCCGACCCGGGCUCCAACAUUGACAGCUGGAGGAAGCAGGUGGCGGGCGGUAUUGGCACCGGCGGCGGCGGCGGUGUGGCUAGCGCGGCGCAGACGGUGUCUGAUCACCCAUAA